CCAUGGCUCCGACCGGAGCGGAUCCUGUUGCCGGAAGGAGACCCCGACUCCUUGGCUGAUAAGAGAGGCGACCGGCUGGAGGGGACUAUCCAUCACCGUCCCGUUCCAACCCCGCCUGGUGAUUUCUUCAGAGUAUAAAUUAGUACUGAGUUCCCACUGACUCUCUGUCCAAAGUCACAUCAUUCGUCUUUCACCAUCAACAUUCGAGUUACUUUUCAACCAUGUCGCAACUCUCCAACUACCGUCUCCUCAGCUUCGACGUCUAUGGCACUCUGGUCGACUGGGAAGGUGGCAUCCUGGCCGCCUUCCAGCCCAGCCUCGACAAAGCCAACGCCCACUUCACCCGUGAACACCUCCUCACUGUCUACCAUGACUUGGAGCGCGCGCAACAAGCACAGACGCCUGACAUGCCGUACUCGGAACUCCUCGCAACCAUCCACCCUCAGUGGACCGAGCGCCUCGGGCUGCCUCAACCGUCAGAAGAGGAAAGCCGCCAGUUUGGAGAAUCCAUCGGCAAUUGGCCCGCCUUCCCGGACACCGUCGAUGCAUUAAAGCGACUAGCCCAGAAAUACAAGCUGGUGGUGCUGUCCAACGUCGAUCGCGCUUCCUUUGCCAGAACCAAUGCUGGUAGCUUGCAGGGCUUCCCCUUUGAUCUCAUCAUCACUGCUCAAGAUGUGGGCUCUUACAAGCCGGAUCUCCGGAAUUUCGAAUACCUGCUCAAGGCAGUCAAGGAGCAAUUCGACAUCGAGCCGGCACAGGUGCUGCAGACUGCACAGAGCCAAUUCCAUGACCACCACCCGGCACGCAAGAUGGGGUUAAAGUCCGCGUGGAUUGAGCGACCCGGGGCAACAAUGGGGAAUCUGUCGGAGACGUUCUAUGACUGGCGGUUUGAUACCCUGGGGGAAAUGGCUGAUGCGGUUGACAAGGGAUUGUAGACUAGCGAGUUCGCCGUGUUUGAUGUUCAAGGAUAUUUGCUGGACUUUAUAGUAGAGCGAAAUAGGAUUUUCCAAUGAGCAUCAUGUCCACAAACUCUCAGCAAGACAGCAUGCACAAAGCGUGUUCUUGUACCAGCAAAGCCUGAUAACCGGCU